CAAUAAUAAGCAAAAAGGUUGUAGUAUUUUGAAAUGACCGAUGAAUCUGAAAAAUAUUGGUAAGUUGAAAGGGGACAAUUUUGCAAAUGCAUCAGACAUGGGACCCUCGUAUCCCGACCUUUUCUCCAAUUUCGAAACCCAAUCCCCUGAGCGCCAAAACUCAAACCCCUUACCUCUUCUUCUGUGCGAGAGAGAGAGAGAGAGAGAGAGAGUGAGAGAGAGGGAGAAUUUGAAGUUGUAGGGGGAACGUGAAAGUUGAAGCCGUCAGGCUAUGUCAGUGAAUAAACUACGAAAUGAAGACGCGUGAAAAUAUGGUGAAAGGGAAAGGAAACGCAGCAAAGAACAGCCACCAGGCUGUUUUUGAACUUAAGCAACGGGUAGUUAUUGCACUGAACAAGCUUGCUGAUAGGGAUACAUAUCAAAUUGCUGUGGAGGAACUUGAGAAAAUUAUUGAGUGCUUGACCCCAAAUGGGAUUACCCCAUUUCUGUCUUGCAUAUUAGAUACAGAUUCAGAACAAAAAAGUGCUGUUCGUAAGGAAUGCAUUCGAUUAAUGGGCUCCCUAGCCAGCCUCCAUGACAACCUUGUUGGCCCGCAUCUUGCAAAGAUGGUAGCCAGCAUUGUUAAACGGCUCAAGGAUUCAGAUUCUGUUGUAAGAGAUUCUUGUGUUGAGACAGUUGGUAUUUUGGCAGCUAAACUUGGUUGUUUUGGCACUGACAGUGAGAAUGAUGGAGUUUUUAUUGUCCUAGUUAGGCCUCUUUUUGAGGCAUUGGGAGAGCAAAAUAAGCAGGUGCAAUCUGGUUCGGCACUGUGCUUGGCCCGGGUCAUAGACAGUAUCCAAAAUCCCCCUACAUUGGUUUUGCAGAAAAUGUUAGCAAGAACUAUUAAGUUGCUGAAAAAUCCACACUUCAUGGCAAAGCCUGCAGUCAUUGAAUUGAAUAGAAGUAUCAUUCAAGCUGGCGGUGCUCCAUCUCAUAAUGUUUUAUCGACUGCAAUAACUAGCAUACAAGAAGCACUCAAAAAUAGUGAUUGGGCAACAAGAAAAUCUGCCUGUGCAGCAUUAGGGGAGAUUGCUUCUAGUGGUGGAAUGGUCUUUGGCUCUUUCAAAUCUUCUUGCAUCCGGUGUCUUGAAUCAUGCCGAUUUGACAAGGUGAAACCUGUCAGGGACACAGCACUGCAAGCCUUGCACCUCUGGAAAAGUCUUCCUGGGUCAGAUACAUGUGAACCUUCAGAAGCAGGAUCUUCUAUCAAAGAAAAUCUCUAUAAAGAUGACUUUGGUGAUGCUACAAGCAUCAGUGAGUCAACAGUGAAGGAUGUCACUCCCAAAAAAUUUGGCCAUGAAUUGGUUAAAAGCAGACUUCCUCUUUCUUCCAGAAAAUCUGGCCAAAAUCAUGUUGAAAAGCUUCAGUACUCCAGAACAAAUGAUUGGCAUGUAGAAAUUGCUGUACCUAGAAGGCAUAACAUCUUUACAUCUGAGGCUCAAAAUGCACAGCCAGAUGGUUGUUCUGUUACAAAGACUACUGAAAGAAGAUUUGAUGUUACAAGUUCCCAAGAUGUUGAAUAUGAAUAUGUACACAUAGAUGACAAGCAGGAAUGUUCUUCUGUGUCAAAUAUCUUCCCUGAUAACUUUCAUGCAAAAGAAGUUACAGCUUCUCACGAGGCUCUUGAUGAGAUGAGUAUGGAUACAUCUACAAUAACCAAUGAGCAGUGUGCUGGUGUAGUAACUAUGGAAGAGCAAAGGUACUUGUCUAAAAUGCAGGAUCGAAGACGCUUGGAUUCCACUGCUACUGAACCAAUCUCUAACACAAUGCAUGGAUGUUGCCCAAAUAUUGCAAAUGAAUUGGCAUCCAUUCAGAAACAGCUGUUAGAGAUUCAAAACACACAAGCUAAUUUUGCAGAUAUUUUAAAGGAGGUCACUGCAAACAUAGUGGAUACCCUGUCAAUGGUACAGAUGAAGGUGUCUGGUCUUGAAGACAAAGUUGAUAGGAUGGCCCAAGAACUUGCUUAUGAUAUGAGGUGUUCUGAUCCAGCAGCAAUUAAACUUCUGAGAAGAGGUCCUGCAGUUGCUUCCCCUCGAUUCUCAACAUACACCCCUAGGCCAUCUGUUGAUUUAUGUCGUAGGCAGCCACCAGUGUUGCCCACAAAAGAUAUUGAUGUUUGGGAGGAAAAGGAUUUGAUUAAGAGCAGAUCAAGUAGUUUUUCUAAACAAAGUCUAGACAUUUGGAUGGAUCCAGCAGCAAAGCCAAAUAAAAAUUCUCUUGGGAAGAUCACUCAGCGAGGCUCUGCACAGGGAGGCCAUGGUCGUCAAACAAGAAAAACUGAGAACCCCUUUCCCAGAGUUUCUACUAGUAAUGUCAAGCAAAAUAUCUUAGAGAUUGAGAGUAGUUCGUGGAAAGUUGUUAAAUGUCAUAUGCUAAAUGGGGAUCUAGAUUCUGCAUAUAUGGAGGCCCUGUGCUCAGGUAGUGAACUUGUUUUGUUUCAGCUGCUUGACAGAACGGGUCCUGUUCUGGACAACUUAUCGCAAAAGACUUCUAGUGAUCUUUUGUCAAUUCUUUCAUCAUACUUCUUGGAACAAAGAUUUGUGAAUUCCAUUCUCCCUUGGUUACAACAGGUGGCUGAACUGUGCAUCACCCACGGCCCUGAAUACAUCACUCUUUCUGCAAAAACAAGGCGGGAAUUUUUGUCUGCAUUUCAAGUAGUUAAUAUGGAAUUUUCUAGUGUUGCAGAAAGAAAAUCUUUCAUGCAGCUGGCAUCGACUUUGCGCCAGACUUGGGAAAAGUGUUCUGCGUGACAAGAUGAAAGCAGUGUGGGCGCUCUCUGGCAUUCGGCAAAAUCUGCUGUGUUCUCAGAGUGGACUUAUGCUAUCUGAAAAUAAAUUUCAUAAUCUAUGUUUUAUGUUAUUUGAGUCUAGCAUUCAUAAUAGUAGAUUCUUCAAUUACCUUGUUUGACCUGUUUGCAAUGGCACACAUCUUUUGU